AUGUACUGUGGUCUUCUCAAAUUCUAUACAAUAUACUGUGGUCUUCUCAAAUUCCAUACAGUGUACUAUGGUCUCCACACAAUGUACUGUGGUCUUAAAUUCCACACAAUGUACUAUGGUCUUCUCACAUUCCACACAAUGUACUAUGGUCUUCUCAAAUUCUAUACAAUAUACUGUGGUCUUCUCAAAUUCCAUACAGUGUACUAUGGUCUCCACACAAUGUACUAUGGUCUUAAAUUCCACACAAUGUACUAUGGUCUUCUCACAUUCCACACAAUAUACUAUGAUCUUCUCAAUUUCUGUACAAUGUACUAUGAUCUUCUCAAUUUCUGUACAAUGUACUAUGGUCUUCUCAAAUUCUGUACAAUGUACUAUGGUCUUCUCAAAUUCUGUACAAUGUACUAUGAUCUUCUCAAUUUCUGUACAAUGUACUAUGGUCUUCUCAAAUUCGGUACAAUGUACUAUGGUCUUCUCAAAUUCCACACAAUGUACUAUGGUCUUCUCAAAUUCUGUACAAUAUACUAUGUUCUUCUCAAAAUUCGGUACAAUGUACGAGCUCCUGUGAUUGUACGUAUGAAAUUACCACAGGAGGAAAGGAAGGUGGUAAACAAUAUCACAGAUGAUCAAAUGCCCGCAAGACAUUGA